AUGAACGAAUCCAAGGGAUGGCUCUGCGCAGCAUGUGAAAUGCGGAUAAAGCCUUCGUUAUGGCUAUCCCACAUUUUCACGAAGAAGCACAAGACGAAAUCACUUGUGAGAAACCCAUCGGCAUCUGAACUUGAAAAAUAUGUCCACGUCACUGGAGUCGACUUGGACGCUCGUGAUGUUGCCCAAAAUUUCUUGACUUUCGGAUUAGUGAUCAACUGUGACCGAGUGCGUGGUCAAAAAGGAACCUCUCCAUUUUACUUCGUCGAAUUCGACACCGUAGAUCAAGCUGUAACUGCUGUUGCCACUGGACGCCAUCAAAUCGAUGGUAAUACCUUUUACAUCCGAAGACGUACAGCGAAUGUUUUCUCUGCAACCUCGUGCGAAUUGGACGCCAUAAAGGAAAAUAUGAUGACUUCGGAAACGCCGUUUCAUCAGAUUGAUAAUCUGAUAUCGCUCAUCAGAGUGACGGACUCCGAAGUGACAGCUCGACAAGAAUUCUGUGCGCACCUCCAAGGGCAUCUUCGGCAAGCGUUCAGAGCAGAAACCGAAGUCCUGCUCUUUGGUUCGUGUGUUACGAGACUGGGAUUUCGAGGAGCCGACGCAGAUAUUUAUGUGAAUUACAAUUUUAAUGAAAAAGAUGAGCUAACUCAAGAGCACCAGGUUAGAAUCACAGCAAAUAUCAUCAAAAAAAUCCCCCGAGCCUCCUGCAUCCAGCCAAUAUUGAAAGCGAGGGUACCGAUUGUAAAAUUUUCUUACCCGCCUUUGGGGAUCCACGUUGAUAUAUCAUUUCGGAACGAAAUGAGUUUGCGGAACUCGGAGUUGAUUCUUUAUUAUAUGAGCUUGGAUAUCCGUUACUGGAAAAUGAUGAUGGUUUUGCGUUGGUGGGCGAAAAAGUUUGGAGUCACGUCAGCCGGUAGUAUGCGUGGAGGUGGAUGUUUCACGAAUUACGCUUUCAGUUGGCUUGUUAUUUUCUUCUUGAUGCAAAUCGAACGUGUACCGAAUGUGGCCUGGUUGCAAAAUGGGAUCGAGAAAUUGGUCGAAGGAUGGAAUUGCACUUUCAUACCGAGAAAUGUCGGAAAACAGGACUCAUCGUACAGUAUUCUGGAUCUCAUCACCCGCUUUUUCGACUACUAUUCCACGUUUGAGUUUGGAUUAUUCGCAGUGUGUCCUUUGACAGGUGAACCAGUUAACCGAUUGGAUUUGGCCAAACCUGAAAUGCUGGGACCUGGAUUUAGUUUAUACAAAUCUGCGUGUGAGAAAGGCGCUUCGAAAAUUGACCAGAUCUGCGCAGUUUGCAUUCAAGAUCCUUUUGAGCUCUCGUACAACGUCGCUCGUGGCGUUUCAGCAAAAUUAUCAGCGAGCUUCGUUGCGAAGUGCCAAGAGGCCGCCAGAGUGUGUCGAUUGUGGUUUGAAGAAGACGCCCUUGGGGGUCUCUAUCCGUUAAUUUAUAUGGCAUUAGGUGACGAUGCUGCGAGAAAAGCCGUGAACUCGCACUUCAAGGUGCCGUUUCCGAGAAGUGUCAAUGCCUCUGCUUGGCUUCCGACAAUGGUCUUCGACAUCAGCUUGGAUUCGUGUCCGUUGGUGAACUUGUGUGCCCAAGCCGGGGCAUCCUCGCCUGAAGAAUAUGUGAAAUUCUGGUUCGACGCUGUUUCGGAGGCACUGGGCCUUGUAUUGUCCAAGUUUCUUUUCUUAACGACUUGGCAGUUUGUGCCAGUGCCAGACCAAUGGUCGAGUUUGGAUGAAGAGAAGAAUGUUGAUGAGCUAGAGAAUUUCAAACCAGUGUUUUUUUGCAUGCUCAACGCGGAACUGCAAAGUGCCAAGUUAGAAGCGAAGAAUGGUCUUCCUGCUGAAGCAUCGGUGGCCAAGAAUGGAUUGGAGAAGGUGUUGUCUCCAUUGCCCAUCGUCGGACGACCUGUUUAUGGUCCUAUUCAUCGCCGAUCCACCCGUGCGAAAAAUUUGCACGCGGAACUGCUUAAAAAUCUAACCAAGUUCUCGAUGAGUCCACCCUUGAGUUCAUUUUUCAGCGAAUUCAAGCAUCCCGUGAUGCUCCGUAACAGUUCGCAAAUGAAUGCCAAAAAAUCCAACCCUUCUUUGACUCUUCAAGAAAAGGAGCAAUACGUGAGUGCUCACGUGUUGCACACCCUGCGCGAAAAGGAGGAUUUUUUAACUUUCGAAGUUCCUCUGAGGGAUUUGCUUGUCGUGAUUACGGCAACCGCAAACCCUCGUGGAGUGCGAGUCUUCUUAAAAGAAGGAAGCUCUGUGGGAUCAAAUGUUUUGUUUAGUGCCAGCAAUUUUUACGGAAAGGCAAAUAACGUCGAGAAGUUCCUUUCUACACAAUUGGAGCUUCUCAUUCGGGCUUGUUUGAAUGACCGGGAACGCAGAGCUGUUCCUAGCAAUGGUACUGCGAGGGAAGACGAUGCUGAAGACGGAGUGGAAAUUCCUGCGGAGAAUUCUGAACCGAAUAGAAAGGAGGCAGAAGUUGAUCAUCUUAGAAGUGACGGUGGACCUGGUGAUGAGAACGAGGAAAUGAGAUUUAAUCUAUCUGCUCUGACUGUUCGGAAAGUCAUGGAAAUUUCGCAUUCUUGUGAAACCUUCGGGUGCGAUGCGGUCGCAAAUAUGCAGUGUCCGACCUGCCUCAAGCUGAAUCUCAAGUCCGCGUUCUUCUGCUCUCAGGAGUGCUUCAAACGCAGUUGGUCUGUUCAUAAAUUGGUUCACCGAACAAAAACCGUGACUGCUUACGAUCCGUGGCCGGGAUUCACGUUUUCCGGAAAACUGAGACCAGCUAAAUUAUCUAUGCGAAGAGAUGUUCCCGAUAAUAUACCUCGACCGGACUACGCUUUGCACCCAGAAGGCAUUUCGUUCAGCGAACAACAUUCGAAAGGCAAGCAAAUCGUUGUUCUGGACGAUGUCAAGAAAGAAGCUCUUGCCGUGGCUUGCAAGCUUGGACGUGAAGUUUUGGAUGAAGCGGUGAACGCCGUGGAAGUUGGAGUCACUUCAGACGAGAUCGACAGGAUCGUUCAUGAAGCGUGUGUAGACCGGGAAUGUUAUCCGUCGCCGUUGAAUUACUAUCAGUUUCCGAAAUCCUGUUGUACGAGUAUCAAUGAGGUUAUUUGCCACGGAAUUCCUGAUGUGCGACCACUACAUGAUGGCGAUAUUUUGAAUAUCGAUGUAACAGUCUUUCAUCGCGGAUUCCACGGAGAUCUUAACGAAACGUUGUUUGUGGGAAACGUUUCGGAUACAGCAAAAAAGUUGGUGCAAGUAACCUGGGAAUGUUUAGAAAAAGCGAUUGCAAUUGUGAAACCCGGGGAGAAAUAUCGAGAAGUAGGCAAUGUUAUUCAGAAACAUGCCCAGCAUCACGGAUUUUCCGUGGUUCGAGCUUAUUGUGGACAUGGAAUUCAUGAAUUAUUUCACACUGCUCCAUCUGUACCGCAUUAUGCAAAAAGUAGAGCCAUGGGGACAAUGAAACCUGGGCAUUCUUUCACGAUCGAGCCGAUGAUAUGCGAAGGAACAUGGAAAGAUAUGCUCUGGCCCGAUAAUUGGACAGCUGUUACUUUGGACGGAAAAUUAUCCGCGCAGUUCGAACAGACUUUGAUCGUCACAGAUACUGGCUGUGAAAUCUUGACUAAACGCCUGGAGCGCAAUGGGCAGCCGUACUUCAUGGACUCCAUUUAAUUGCUAUGAAACUUUUGGUUGACUACGAAAAAAAAAUUGUUCAGUUCCCGAUUCUCUGGAAGUUCUUUGCGUUGGGCGGAUUAAAACUCACUGGAAAUAGG